AUGGACAGUGGAUCAACAACAGCAGACACUCGCACACUCACCGGAUCACACUCCAAGACGGGCUCACUCAAGACGGGCAUGGCUUCUCACUCGGACCUCGACCAGGUCGAGAAUGUUGAGGUCGAGAAGACGUCGGUGGCCGCCGAGGUCAACUCCGCCGCCGCCUCUGCCCCGGACGGCGUGCUCGAGGGAAUGCGCCUCUUCCUCGUCUUCCUCGCUAUGAUGCUCUCUGUCUUCAUGUUUGCCCUUGACCAGUCGAUCGUAUCAACUGCCAUCCCCGUCAUUGUGUCGCAGUACAAGGCGUUUGACGCCGUCGCAUGGAUCGUCACCGCCUACUUCCUCACUCAGUGCGGCCUCAUCCUCCUCGCUGGUCAGCUCCUCACUGUACUCAAGUCCAAAUGGGUCCUCCUCGGCGCAAUCUUCUUCUUCGAGCUCGGCUCCCUCCUCUGCGCCGUCGCCAACAGCAUGGACAUGCUCAUCGCGUCUCGCGCCAUCCAGGGCAUUGGUGCCUCGGGCAUGUUCGUCUCGAUCAUCGCCAUCAUUGCCGUCGUUACUCGCGUCGAAAAGCGUGCCGCUUUCCUGGCCGGCUUCGGUUUCGUGUUCGUCAUCGCUUCCGUCAUUGGUCCCCUCCUCGGCGGCGUCUUCACUGAGCACCUCAGCUGGCGCUGGUGCUUUUGGAUCAACCUUCCUAUUGGUGGCGUUGCCGCUGUAGCGGUCUUCCUCCUCCUCCCUGCCCACGAGCCCAUCCGUCGCGAGAACUCGCCCACGACCUUCCGCGAGGCCCUCUCCCGCAUGGACUGGAUCGGAUCGGCGCUCGCCAUGCUCUUCGUCACCUGCCUGCUCCUCGCCCUCCAGUGGGGCGGCAACAAGUACGCCUGGAGCAACUGGCGCAUCCCUCUCCUCUUCACGCUCGGCGGCCUCCUCUGCAUCGCCUUCUUCUCAUGGGAGUGGUACCUCAACGAGGAUGCCCUCAUCCCCCGUGCGCUAAUGACCAACCGCACCGUCGUCAACGCCUCCGGGGCAAUCUUCCUCCUGAUGAUGACCAUGCUUGGUGGAACCUAUCAACUGCCUCUUUUCUAUCAGGCAACGCGCAACCACUCGGCGCAGAAGUCGGGCAUCGACAUCAUUCCCUUCAUGAUCAUGGUUUGCAUCGGCAUCUUUGUGUCGGGCGGGUUUGUCACCAAGUGGGGCCGCUACUACCCCUUCUUCAUCAUUGGCCCUCCUAUCGCCGCUGCCGGCGUGGGCAUGCUCUACACCAUCGACGCCAAGACUUCCAACGGCUUCAUCAUCGGCGGCCAGAUUCUCGCCGGCUUCGGUGUCGGCCUCACCUUCCAGAACCUCAUCAUGUCGACCCAGGCCGAGUACGCCUCGCGCCCGGAGCUCAUUCCCCAGGCGACCGGUAUCGUCUCGUUCUUCCAGCUUACUGGUGCCGCCCUCGGCAUCGGAAUUGUCAACACUGUCCAGUCCGUCUAUCUCAACCGCUACAUCAAGGAGUUUGCGCCCACCGCGCCGUUUGAGGUUGUGCGCCAGUCCACACAGGCUAUGUGGCACAUCGACCUCCCCAGCGAUGUCCGCGCCGCCGUUGUUCACGCGUACACUGCCGCCAUUUCGAAGAGCUACAUUCCCAUCCUUGUCGCCCUUGUCCUCAGUCUCGUCUUUGGUGCUCUUAUCCGCAACCACAACAUGCUCAAGCUCGGCGGAGCGGGCAACAUGCACAUGGCAUGA